AUUUAGGUAUGGUAUAGUAUAGAAUAGGUAGUGUAGUCUAGUCUAGUUUGAUUGUAGCGUUCAUUUCUCGCUUAUCGUGCGCUAUGGCCGUAACAAAUAAUUAAACGAAAUAUUUAUUUCGAUAGAAAUUAUGACACAUAAACAAACGUGUUUACUCCUUCCAGUGCUCAGAUAUGAUUCACCAAAAAUAAUCAAAAUGUAAAGCCCAUGUUACUAAUAUAAGUGUGUCUGGUAAGGGUGAAUGGGAUUUUGAAUCUCAUACAGUGUAAAUCUUUGCGGUUUAUGAGUUAGUCUCGAGUCGUUUGGUUAGUAGUAUAAACAAGAACUAUGCAACAAUGUGGGUUUUGCUCAAUGUUGUCUGGACUGUUACGGAGAGCUAUGUGCAUCGGCAGCAGACGAGGUAGCAGCGAGUCUUACUACAGGGAGCUCGGCGAUCAGGACACAUUGAAAAUUGAAGAUAAAACGUCGGAUAUAUCGGAUGAAUCCGAAGAAAUAAUUCAAGAAAUCCCGCGAAGGAAAAACUCUAAGGACUAUUCGGAAGAGCUUGAAAACAUGCCCAAAAAACAUGUUAAUACAGGGAGGUUUCUGACAAUGCACAAACGACGCAAGAAAAGACUUUUGACAAGAUCAUUGUGUCAUGAAGUAGCUUUGCUAGAUGAUUUACACCCCGGACAAGUCCAACGCAUCCUCGACCAGUCGGUGCUGUGGCAGUUCAACGCCUUUACGCUAGAAAAUGUCUCGGGGGGUCGUUGUCUGCCAGUACUCUGUGUUCAUCUAUUCCACAUCUAUGGCCUGAUAUCAUAUUUCAAACUCGACGCAGCGAAGGCUUGGAAAUUAUUCAGCUUAAUUGAAGAAGGCUAUCACAGUACAAACCCUUACCACAAUUCGGUACACGCUGCUGAUGUCACGCAGGCCAUGCAUUGCUUUCUACAGCAGAAACAAAUCCGAGAUUAUCUGGAGCCCCUUGAAGUGAUGGCGUCCCUGCUGGCAGCGAUCGCGCACGACAUGGACCACCCGGGAGUCAACCAGCCCUUUCUUAUAGCCACUUCCAAUCAUCUUGCCACGCUAUAUAGAAACACGUCAGUUUUGGAAAAUCACCAUUGGCGGUCUGCCGUAAGUUGCCUGAACGAGAGCGGACUGCUGGACCAGACGUGCGACAUACAAGCCGCGCUGGAGCGCCAGAUCAGCUCGCUUAUCCUCGCAACGGACAUCACGCGGCAGCAAGAAUACCUAAGCCAGUUUAAGGGCUACCUCGACACGAAUAGCCUCGACAUGUCGCUGAAGGAGCACCGGCACCUGGUGCUGCAGAUCGCGCUCAAGUGCGCGGACAUCUCCAACCCGUGCCGGCCGUGGCCCAUCAGCCGCAAGUGGAGCCACAAGGUGUGCGAGGAGUUCUUCCGCCAGGGCGACUACGAACGCAAGCUCAACCUGCCCGUCACGGCGCUGUGCGACCGCCAUACCACCUCCAUACCCAAGAUCCAAACAGGUUUCUUCAAAUUCGUCGUGACUCCUCUGAUAACCGAAUGGCACCGCUUUUUGAAAAACGAUCUGUCGGAUGAGAUGUUAAAAAAUUUAUUGUACAACCAAAACAAGUGGGACAUGCUCGUGGCGCAAGAAAUAGCGGAGGAGACCGGGACGGAGAUGUCUGACGCGGACGCGGCGGACGACGACCUCGACACCUGCUCCGGCACCAACCUGUCCGCCAGCUCCGAGCUGCUGCUGCCGCUGCGCCGCGCCUCGCUCAACCCCGUCAAGUCACAAGGCUUGAAAGAACAACUCAGGCGGUUCUCUGUUCCGUUGAAUGUAUUCCAAGACUCCAAAUUCAAGAAUAGAGACAGAAGUCGAACACCUUCACUGGCUGAAUCUCGAAUGCGCACUAACGGCAGCCCAUUGAGUAGUGAACAUUCUCUGCAUUCACAACUCAGCGUUCGUGGCCAUUGCGAGCACGGCAAGUCCACUGAAAAAAUGUUGAGCACCGAGAAGUUACUUCCGGAUUCUUCGAUAGCUUCUAUCACUACUCCGGUUCAAGCGACCCGUUUGAAUAUCGUGCUCAAAGACGGCGGCAGUUGCAAGCUCAUCCGGCAACAGACAUUCCCGCCGCUCGAGACCGUGGCGCGCGCGCACGCCCUAGCCGUCAGGCCGCUCCACACGAGCAACGAAGACGCCAUCUACCCGUCCCGGUACAUCAAGACUGAUAUCAGCCAAAAGUUCGACAUGAGUAAAAAGGAGGGCAGAUUUAGCAAUAUAUUCAAAGGAUAUGAUACUGAUAAGACUGAUAACGAUGACGCUUCUGAAAAUAAUAACUUAGACACUACUGAUUGUUCACGUAAUAUAGAGAAAGAGAAUCGGGACCCGUCGAUACGCAGCACGAGCGGCACGCGCGGCAGCCAGUUGCGGGACAACCUGGCGGGAGUGCCGCUCGCGCGCGCCGCCGACCAGCUGGCGCGUCGCCGCAAGUCCAUGCCCACCGACAUCAUCACUUACACUCCGAAAGAGAAAAAGAUGCGAGAAGUGACCACGAUUCCAGAAUUUUUAAAGAAGACUCUAGCUGGUAAAGAUUGUUGGACGCGGCGGCGAGGCUCAGCGCCAGUGCCAGUGGCGUCGUCGGAGCUGCGUGGGCUGGCCGCGCUCGGCGCGCUGCGGCACAGCAUCAACGGCGGGCGCCGCAAGCCCGGCCCCUUCGGCACGUGCCAGCAGUGGCUGGCCAAGGCCACGCUCGGCGUGCACGACAGGAAAAUACCGCACCUACCGCGGAGAAGUUCGCUGCCCGUUGAGAUGUUUCGCCCCACUGAAGCUUUGUAACUAUCGGAAUCCAAAUGAAAAUCAUGUGAUUGGUUUAUGCUGAAAAUAUUGAUAUGUAAGACCGCAAGAUCGUGGUGUUGGUUGUUCAACCUCAGAAAACAAUGUUUGUUCUUGAGCGGACAUUAUAUGCUGUAAAUGCAUUAGGAAUGGUAAUUAGAAUAAAACACUUUACUUUGGAUUUGCAGCCGUGCGAAUGAAAUGGUUAGAUAUACAAUUAUGGGAUCGAAUGCGUUUUUAUAUGCAUCGUAUUACUCUUAUGGUACGAUGUCUUUUAAUAUAGCCUCAUUGCGUAUUUUUUAAACAAAGUGUCGUUUGGUAUGUUCAUAUGUUGUCAGCUUUUACACGCAACAUCAACAUCACAAUAAUUUUAAACAGUAUUGCAAUCAUGUAUAGAUUUAUUUAUAUAACGUUUUGUUAAACGAAGAUUAAUAAAAUGAAUUGCAUUCUCUUCUGCUCAUUUGGAGUCUGAAACUUUAAGAGACAGCCAUUUAUGGAUGAUUUAUUUGUUUUGCUGAUGAUACUUGAGUGUGCGCCUGAUGGCUCAUGCAUAAUAACGUAUGUUGCUAUCCUGAUACAAAAUCCAUUGGACGUUAACUCUAUAAUAAUAUACUAUGGCAAUACAUAUUAUAAAUUUAUUUUGUGGCGAAAUCUUUGUGCUUACGUACGUCCCUACUGCUGACCAACUACGAUAUUUGACUAAAUACUGCCACGAUACGCUUAGUCGAUAAGCUCACUCUUCGCUCAUUAUGUCACCAAAGUCCUUUUGUAAUAAAAAAGUCAAAAUGCAAUAUGUUACAUUAAACGUUAAAGCAAAGGGGUCUUAACACUAUAAUCUUAUGUUAGCUCGUAUUCAUUCAUGUUAUCAUACAAAAUGGUUUGUUGUGAUCAACAACAACUCAAAGUUAUUCGUAUUUAAGUUUUUAUUCAAUAAAUACAUAAGAAUCAAAAUCCGUAUGCUCGACAUGGAAGUUGCAAAACUACCGUUUUAUUUGUCGAACCGACCAAAUUAAUAUGAUUGGAUAGCAGUGAAGCGCGUGGCCGGACGGCUUUUUUAAUGCGGCUUUGAGAACGUUAUCUUAAAAAUCUAUUGAAUAGGAUGUUCACUGACUCAAAAAAAGUACAGUAGCCCCACCGCAGUUGGAUUGAUAUUUACAUACGUCUCUCAUGAUUGGCCUUGGUCUGUUUUAGUUUCAGUAUUGUAGCAAUUGUAAUAUUGGUUUUUUAUAUUGUGAGUUUAUGUAUCAUUAUACGGUUACAAAUAUUUUAUAUUUUACUGGAAAGACAACCUGGCAUAUUUGAUUAAUUUUGCGGUAUAAUAGUACAAUACGAUACAUGUGCGAGAAGUAGGAAAUAGAGUGUUUUAAAUCGAACUUGAGUCGAUUUUUAACAUUACUUUCGGUCGUGUUUUAAUUUAUCGCCCAGUCGUUGCGAAUUACAUAUUCGAACGUGUAUCGUACAACCUUUUACAGUACAUAUGGCCCUUAAAAUUUUCGACAUAGACAGUUAAGUGCUAACUACCGCACUAUUGCUAUACAAUGUCAUUUUUAUGUUUUUAAUUGACUUGUAUCAAUUUUAUUUACCUGCUUACAAAGUUUGUUAAGUAAUUAAUUGUGGUGUUGCCAGGAUUAGUAGUAUUUGUUAUAUUUUUGGAUCAGUAAAUGAUAAUUCCUAAUAGUGUAUGAAGUUAUAUAGUAGUAGAAUAAUCUUACGUUAUAAUUAUAGGUAUGUAUUAAAAUUGUUAUGAUUACUUGUAACUUGUUACAUUGGCCGUUUGGCAACAUCAGAAGUCACUAGUUUUUUUAAACACCUUAGUACAAAUUAUUUCUAUUAAUUUUCAUCACAAUGAAUUUUGUCCUUUUUUAAAUUGUAUCUGUAAGAUUUAUGAACUAUGAAUGUUAUUUAUUUGCCAUAAUAUUUUGUCUCAACAUUAUACUAUUUCACGAACAUCAACUGUUCAGUAUUAAGUUCACAAUUACUCUAAUUUAAGAAUAUUUUGUUUUGUUUUUCUGUGUAUGUUGUUUUUAAAAGAAUUUCACAAUAAUUUGUUAAGAUUAUAUACCAAAAAGGAGGAUGGAACAUUUCGCGCUCGGUUUGCGCUUUAAAAUUUGUAAUGCGAUUAAGUUCAAGAGAAGGAAGAGUCUCAUAAUCAUUAACUUUAUACUAUACUGAAGUUGAAGUCAUAGUUGUAUAAGUAAGUACUAAUUAUUAAGAUAAACUAAUUUAGUUGCUCCUAUUGGGCGUACAGUGUGCUAUGGUACAGUCACAAGCAGAAGUAGCUAUGCGGGCGAGGGCGAGGUAUCCAACGUGACAAGCUCCUACUUCUUCAACUAAAAAGGGUGUGUAAAUAAUUUUGAACUCCUGGUCCGCUUAUCUACUUCUGCCACUGACAAUUCAUUGUCUGUUUUGAUUAAGAUUGUAAGACAACCUCAGUAUUAGUUACAAUUACGAUACCGAGAUGAUGAACAUUUCCAAAAUUAUAUUGACGAGUCUAGUGGUGUACUAUAAAAGUUAUACAUAUUUUUGCUUUUUCCAACAAGAUUCGUAAAGAAAUAAUAAUGGAAUUACCGCGUGAAUUCUAUCAAAUAUUGUUUAUUUCAAUAGGAUACUGUUUAGCAAUAAUGUGCAACAACACACACAUUUUCUUUUUUCAAUACGAGUAAUAAUGUCAAAGCCCAAAAAUUAACGCUUAAAGUUGAUAUCUUAUUGCAAAAAUAUCUGGGUGACAAUGACAAUACAUGAUUACUAAACAGCAUCCUUCUAUUCUAUAAAUAUAUUUAUUAUUUCCAAAUAGAGUUCAAUCAAAGCAGUGUUAGAUUGUUUACAGCAGGGCUUUAUCACGUUUUUACGAGAGUACACGUGUAAGGACACCAUAAAGGGAUAGCCUUAUUCACAAACUCUAAUAUGUAACUUCUACUUAAAAUAAAACGUGUAUCAAUUUAACAAACAAUAUUUUAAAAUAACAGGAUAAACUAAAUAAAAUGUGUCUGACAGACGUAGGUAUAAAAUAACAACCAACAACGGCGUUAAGUGUAGUUUUAACGUACACCACAAAAAACGCGGCUAUAAAAUAUCCCUUUUUUUAAGUGCUUCAAGUAAUUUUUAGUAUGUCGUCUAGUUCCAGUCAGUGGUACGUUAAAUGUAAAGUUUUUAUUUUUACGAGCAAUUGAGCAUACAUAAUAAAUAAAUACUUAUCAGAAUUAUCAUUCUGUGCAACUGCUUGGAAACAAAACAAUAAUCAAAAAGGCUUAUUCCGAUUAAUCCGAUUACCCAAUGACAGCUUCCCAAGGGAGGAAACUUGUGUCGUUUAUUAAAUUAUAUUAAACUAAUCGUAAAAAAGGGAUGUGCUAAAUAUUUAAAGUCACAAUUUAAAAUUAAGGGGUAUUCCUAAAUUGUCAGUGAUAACAUCAUUAUAAUUUUUUUUUCAAUAUUUUAGGUAAUAAUUAGAAAUACUUAUUUGAUAACUUAUAAUUUGCUGGCAUAUCGUUUUUAUAAAGUAAGUGUAUCAAUAUAAUUUAGAGGGUACAUAGUAUAUAAGGCGUUGUUAUGAGAAUUCUACGCCACAAGUUAGAUCAAUACGAAAACAUAGUGCUCAAUAAAUUGCGUCCUCAUUUAAAAGGAAAUCGGAUGAUACGUUCUCCGUACAAAUUACAAACGUAGUCUCUUUUUUGUUUUCUGGACAUUGGAAAAUAUUUUUCCACAACUUAAUAGAAGUUGUGUAAAAAAAAACAUACAAUUAUUCUUUAUUAAUUUUACGAUCAAAAAUGUUAUACAAAGAGGCUAGCUAUGAUUAAUAAACAUCAAAACAUGUAUAAAUAUUUGCCGUAGGCCUCAUUCCACGAGCGCUUUUUCAACGCGCGUUAAGUAAGCGUUAAUGCCAAUAUUAUAUCCAGAGGGGACUGAGUUUGUACGGAGAAGCAGUCCACUUUCCUCUAAAUGAGUGGUUCAAAUGCUCAGUCGUUCAGAGAACGUCGACUGAUAAAAUGUGGUACAAGGUAAAAUACAGAAAGCGUUUUUAUUUAAAAUUAUGUCUAAUAGCACAACAACUGUAAGCACAAUGUAGAACUUAAUACAUACAUCGGUAAAAUGCUUUACCGGUGUAUGUAUGUAUUUAUACAUUGGCUACACAUUACGUUAAAGCUCGGCUCUGCAUUAUGUGCACGAUUAAGUUUUUAGUCAGGAGUAAAGUGGGACACAACAGAGUCCAACUGUGUUCUAAUUCUAACAUCAUUAUGUAUGACACCAGCGGCGCAUUAUGUAAACUAAACAAAUGAAAUCUUGUAGCAAUAUGAACAGUAGUCGUCGUCGUAGGUAUUAUAGUCACCUUGUAUCACUUCGUGACCUAUUUAUAAUGUUUCCAAGUAUAUUUAUAUGUGUAU